AUGGUCAACUCCUGUUGUGGCUCCGUCUGCUCUGACCAGGGCUGUGGCAAGGAGACCUGUUGCUGCCCCAGCUGCUGCCAGACCACCUGCUGCAGGACCACCUGCUGCCGCCCCACCUGCUGUGUGUCCAGCUGCUGCCAGCCCUCCUGCUGUGGCUCCAGCUGCUGCAGGCCUAGCUGCUGCAUUUCCAGCUGCUGUCGCCCCUCCUGCUGUGGAUCCAGCUGCGGUGGCUCCAGUUGCUGUGGCAGUAGCUGCUGCCGCCCCUCCUGCUGCAUUUCUAGCUGCUGCCGCCCCUCCUGCUGUGGCUCCAGCUGCUGUGGCUCCAGCUGCUGCCGCCCCUCCUGCUGCUGCCCCUCCUGUUGCCUGCGCCCAGUCUGUGGCCAGGUCUCUUGCCACACCACUUGCUAUCGCCCCACCUGUGUCAUCUCCACCUGCCCCCGCCCCAUGUGCUGUGCCUCCUCUUGCUGCUGA